GAAGUAUGUGAAAUUGACGUAUGAGAUCACACGUUGUUUGCACGUUGUCUACGUCUGAAAAAAUCAGCACAUUAAGAACACAUAAACAACAUGUUGACAACGUGCAAACGUGUUAAAAAUCGCGUAUUUCUGAACUGCAUGGCCUUCCAUAUUGUAUAAGCCGUGACGUUGUUGACGCAUGCGUGGCGGAUUGAAACGAGCCGUAAAACGUAAACGCAGCUUGUGUGUGAUCAUGACGCGACAGGCAUUAUUGUGAUUUAGCUUUACUGCUUAGCGAAGGGUGCAGGAACAGUUUUACGCUUCACCCGCGUCAGUACAGAUGGAGAAGUACUCGGGAUUGUAUAAGGAGCCGACCGAUGCCACGAAACAGCAGGAGAGACACUAUUAUCUCCUGUCCGAGCUUCAGAUACUGGUCAAAGACUUGCCAAGCUGGUUUCAGCAGCGCUUGUCGUACACAACGCUGAGUGAUUUGGCCCAAGCUCUCAUAGAUGGCACUGUGUAUGAGAUUGUCCAGGGUCUACUGGACAUCCAGCACCUGACUGAGAAAAACCUCUACAACCAAAGGCAGAAAUUACAUAAUGAGCACAGAGGAUGUGCUCUGUCUCAAGUUCUCAAGCAUGAGUUGAUACGGAAACAAAAAGUGGCUCUGCAGAACUGCAAAUCACAUAACCUCACUGUACUAAAAGCAAGCCAGCGUGCAGAAACAGAGGGUCUGGAGCAGCGUGUGAAAGAUGAGCAAAGAAUGAUGGAUGAGAAGAUUGUGGCAGAGAUGGAUCAGAAGGUCCUGGACCAACAGAACACACUUGAGAAAGCUGGAGUUCCUGGGUUCUACAUCACCACCAUCCCACAGGAAGUGACAAUGCAGAUGAACUUACUGGAGUUGAUCUUGAAGUUACAACAAAAAGAGUCUCAGUCUGGAUCACUGCUUUGAAAGACAUAAACCCUAUUUUGUUCAUAUUUAGGUUGUCCAUUGCUGUCUGCAUAUUAGGCUGCCUGUUGUUGUCAGUAUGUGGAAUGAACUGGCAGGAGUUAUCCCCAAGUUUGAUCAUGAAAGUUGUACUGGGUCUAUGGGGACACAGAGUACUUGGUAAGAAAUGUUAGCUGCCCUGCUGCCUUGAAAAAUAUUAAUUUUCAGUUUACUCAUGCAACAUUUUCUAAUCCCAUCUCCAAUCAAAUGAUAAUUGGGGGUGUUUACCCAGGCAGUAUCUGAUGCAUCAUUGCCUAGUCAUUGUUCACCAGAAGCUCUUGACUAUUAUAGUCUAUAGUACCACCAUAUUAAAGCAAUAAAUAUCAGUGAGACUUUUCACUGUCAAGAAUGCAUGUCAGCAUGCUCACAAAUGUGGGAAAAUAAAACAAAAAAAAUCAUGGAGCUGAGCAUCUCUA